AUAGAGGAGGAUCGGUGGUGGUAUUAUCGAGAGAGUACACGAAGAGUGUCUCAUUGAGUGUAGCGCGUGUUGUCUCCUUACGAACGCUUGCCAGAGGUCCUCCGUCCUGAGUUCUCGAUCCUGAGGAAACUCGGUGCCUGUUUCGAAGACGAUAAAGAUAUUAUUGUGAGAAAAAAUCAUUGAAACUGCGGGAAUUAUCGAUCGAAAUAGAGCUGCUUGAAUCGAUAAUCGAUAAAAGAAAACCUUUUGUUUUCGAGCGACUGUCGUACGCGCGGAGAAAGUGUCGUCCGUGUUAUAGAAAAGCUGCGUGCCACUGGAAUUCACGGAGCAUCGAAUAAGCAGGAAAACAAAUCGAAAGAUGGUCGAAGCACUCCUGGAAUCGGGAGGUCAAGAUGUCGUCGUUGCGCACAAUGGACAAUCGCGAGCUGGCACACCGACUGAAUACUCACCGAGUAUCCCCCAAAUCACACCGGAAAAUCUCAACCUCACAAACAUUCAAAAAUUUUACGCCGGACAGAGCAUUUUCAUAACCGGAGGAACCGGCUUUUUGGGCAAACUACUCAUCGAAAAACUACUCCGGAGCUGCCCCGGAAUCGCCAACAUUUACCUGCUCGUUCGUCCAAAGAAGGGGAAAAAUCCUUACGAAAGGACCGAGGAGCUUUUCGAUGAUCCACUGUUCGAGUCUCUGAAAAAAUCCGUCCCCAAAUUCCGCCAUCAAAUAGUGGGCAUCGAAGGUGAUUGCAGCAAGCCUGGCCUCGGGAUAUCGGAGAGUGAUAAAGCGACCCUCAUCAACGAAGUGUCGAUAGUUUUCCACGUUGCAGCGACUGUAAGAUUCGACGAGAAGAUCAAGCUCGCUGUAGCCAUCAACAUUCAAAGUGUACAAGAUAUGAUAGCGAUGUGCAAGAAAAUGCCAAAAUUGAAGUCUUUCGUCCACGUGUCCACGGCGUACGCUUACUGCACGCAGAAUCCAAUCGAAGAAAAAUUUUACGACCCACCGAUAGAGGCCGAUAAAUUAAUAACGAUGGUGGAAUGCGUCGACGAUCACUUGGCCAACGUCAUAACACCGCACAUCCUCGGAAGGUGGCCAAAUACCUACGCCUUUACCAAAGCCGUGGCCGAGAGUGUCGUCCGAAAAGACGGCGACGAUAUGCCGAUCGGUGUCUUCAGACCAGCAAUCGUGAUUUCGACGUAUCAGGAACCUAUCAGAGGAUGGAUCGACAAUAUGUACGGGCCAACGGGAGUAGCAGCUGGUGCUGGCACUGGAUUGCUUCGAACUUUGCACUGCGAUGGCUCGAUGCAAGCAAAUGUUGUUCCAGGUGACAUGGUCGUCAAUGCCUUAAUUGCGAGUGCUUGGGACAUCGCCGAGAUCAAAAAGACGAACUGCAAUAGCGACGAAAUUCCAAUCUACAAUUACGUGUCUAAGGAUAACCCAAUUACGUUCGACGAACUGAAAGACUUGUCCGCGAAGCAUGGUAUCGAAUAUCCGAGCAGCAAAGCCAUCUGGUAUUACAGUUUUCGUAACAACAAAUACAAAAUUAUUCAUCUCCUGUACGUGUACUUCCUCCAUUUGUUGCCUGCGAUCGUGAUCGACGGUGCGACGAUGUGCAUUGGAAAACAACCAAGAUUGCUCAAGGUGUACAAGAAGAUCCACAGGUUUAUGGACGUGCUGAAUUAUUUUUCGACGAAAAGAUGGGACUUUGCGAACGAGCGAGUGAACUCGUUGCACGAAAAAAUGCACGAGGAAGAUCGAAGGAAAUUUUUCUUCGACAUCAAAUCGCUCGUCUGGGACAAAUAUUUCGAAACCUACAUUCAAGGAAUCAGGACAUAUUUAAUCAAGGAUCCCCCCGAGACUCUGCCGAUGGCACGAGUCAAAUGGCAAAGGAUGUACUGGAUUCACCAGGCCUUCAAACUCCUCGUAGCUUACGUAUUCCUGCGGGUCACGUGGGCCAUUUUCUCUGCUCUCGUACCCACCGCCUCCUAACCGAUUAAACGACUUAAGAAAAACAACGACGUUUCUUCAAAAAUGAGAAUCCUAUUUGAAAAAACAUGUCGCGAUUCUUGCUCCGAGUCGUCGCUCGUGUGGUGGCAACCAUUUGUAAAUGCAACUUUUUCAAAAAGUCAUCAAAAAAGUUAAGCGUAACGUCGAAUUUUUUGUUUUUUCAAACAUUUAAAAAUAUUUUCACAUAGAUUACAAUAUUUUUUUAAUUAUUCAAUCCGCAAUUUAUUUCGGCAAUGGAAAGCGUAUUUGGCUUCCAUCGAAUUAAUUCGUCAGCGACGAUUUUUGUUGACUGAUUCGUUGAGUUAUUGCCAAAAAAUUUGGGCCUAAAAAUACUUAGUCGUUGUUAAGAUAAAACUGAAACAAACAGAGAAUGUGACUAGAAAUUUAGGGAAAAAGUAUGAAUUCGUUGAAUCGAACUCCGAAGAGGUUCGGAGUCGAAAUUUUGAAGAAUUUUCAAAUCUAAACGUUUCAGCAUCUCGUGUACACCGAUCACAGAAAACUCGCAUCUUCAUGACUUUCAAUUGACUCGAACUUUUGUAACGUUUGUGAAAACACGUCAUUUACGAAAUGAGAAUAAAUGGACGUAAAAAAAGUUGCGAGAGGAUUGAAACUCCUCGAAUCUGAAUAACGAAGAUAGCAGAUCGAACGAUCUGAGAAUACGUAAGACAAUUAAGAAAGGAAAUCGCACUUGAGUCGCGCGGCAUGCAAAUUAUGAGAGUUGUGCUACUGGUAUUAUUCGCAAGGCGUAAUUAUCAUUAGUCACGAGUAAAUGAUCCGCGCGCGUUGUACAUCAUUCAAGAUUUUGUACUCACAGUCGUUUUUUAUUUUACUUUUUUCGUUAGUCGUUAAACUUUCAUUGUUCGAUGUGAGUGUACAUCGUAAUUUUGUAUGUUAUGCUAUUUAUAUUAAACGAGUUUUUUUUGUAAAAAA